CCGAAAUAAACCCGCAACUUCCACCCUCUACUUAGUCUCGACGAUCUCUCGAUUUAUGGGAACCAUCAACACAAUAGGAUUUUCAAAAUGCAGCUUUUCAUCCCCGUCAUCGCUCUCUUGAGCACGCUCGUCGCUGCCGUACCGACCGCUGCAGCGGACGGUCGCGGAGCCACCAUCUUCACCAGCAAACUCUUCAAUGGCCGCUCCACAGCCAUACCCGCCAACGACUUCUGCACCGACAUGGACAACAUCUUCGGCAACUUCGAUGGCAAGAUUCGCAGCGUCACAGUCGAGAAGGGCUACCACUGCAAGUUCUACACUGCGCACGACUGUCCUUCCAACGGCGAGAAGAUGGAAUGUGGCAGCAAGGACCAGGCUUCCACGCUUGGAGAUCUGGGCGCGUUCGAUUACAAGAUUCACAGCGCGUACUGCACGAAGAUAUAGAUGGAGGCUUGUUGCGCGAAUUGGAAAUGCUAGGGUUUUUUGAGCUUGUGCGGCUUGCGCACCUUGGAUGUGCUUCGGUGCUUUGAGGGCAAGACGGGUGUAGUUUGUUCGCUGUAAGCGCUACAGCGGUACUUUGCGACUCGGUCUAUCUUUUUUACGAAGACUGAGUUUUCGGGUCAGCGCGGAUAGAUUGUUAUACGACAGAGGUACACAACUAUAAUACUUCCAUUCUUACACAUAUGUGUGUUCCUAAUGCGUGACAUGGUAAUUAUUUGCUGGAUCGCGUAACGUGUGCAAGUAACAAUAAGAGGCCCCCCAGGUAUCGCUGAGUGGGCGUGCGUCAUAGCUGUGGGAUCUGAUAUGCCAGGUAUUGCGAUCAUCGAUCGCGGCGAAGGAUGAAAUUGCAAUUGUGACGGGAUAAAUGUUCGCUGCAUUAUUGACAAG